AAGGCACAGGCUCGCAGACAGGCCAUCCUCGCUCGCGGCGGCGACCGUCUCGCAAGGCUCACCUCCUCCGCGCGCGGCGAGGAUGCGUCUGCCUAUCUGCACGAUGGUAUGUAUACAUCGCUGGCCCGCCUGUCGCGUCACCUCAUCCCCGCCACAUGUACAGACCCUCCGCUGGCACCGCUGCCCACGAACAGACCCACUCUGGAGAGCUUCGUCGGGGAGCAAACCAGCAUGCCAAGGCCCACGCCGACAUCGACAGCAGCCGCUCCCCGACCUGCACCAAAGCCCCAGGCGUCCGGUACCCGCGCUGGUGCACCGCUGCCUCCCUCGCAGGAGGAACAGAUGAGACAGCUUCGUGAAGCCCUGACUGCUUCGGGCGCAUUCCCUUCCCUACCGUCCUCUGCUCCGGGAGAGGACCCGCUGGCUGCCAUGAUGGCCAGCAUGACUCAGCCUGGUGGCAUGCCUGGCAUACCGCAACAGAAAGUCGCCGCCGCCAAACCCAAAACGCGCCUGCAGAAGCUCUUGCCGUUCAUACACCUGACGGCGGCGUGGAUGCUGCUCAUCUACUUUGUGCUCUGGAGAGAGCCAGAUGUAUUCGAGACUCGGACACAUCGUCUGCUGUCCGAUAGUGUAUGGAGACGGUGGGCGGAGCUGGGAUGGAAGAGUCCGAGUGAUGGGUGGGGAGUACAGCCAGUACCUUUCUUCUGGGCUUUCAGUGCUCUCACGCUCGCUCUACAUUCGUGGCGGAUAUUCUCUAGGGUGGUGAGUGUCAUCUCCGUGCCCCGUCCUCUCUCCCGGCUUGACUUGUUUGCAUCCAGGAUACGCCGCAGCCGCCUAUGCUGCUAGCCCUUGCGCUACCGCACUUACCACCUCCGCUGCCAUCUAUUAUCACGAACGGCAUGGCGUACCUGCAAAUUGGUGGAAUAUUCCUUGACGACAUAGCAGGCUUGCUGGUCGGGAUAGGAUUGUUCAUAUGGAUUGCAGGGUGGAUAGCCGAAUGAGCGACGUUUAUAUCACGACCCCCACGAACAGUCAGUGUAGAACCACACUAAUGCGACCCCGGUCUUGCAUGCAAUGGACUCCAUUACCAAUGAUACUGUAGCAUUACGAAC